AGAGGCGAUGGCUGCCCGUCGUUUCAUAAAAGGUCUCACUUCUCCAUGGUCUCUAGGAUUUUCUGGCUUUGGAAUUGCUUAUGGAUUAUAUCACAUUUGGGACUCUACUCAAUCUGGCACAAAAUACGAUUUACAUGAAAACUUAGCUGGGAAAACUUAUAUCGUUACCGGCGCUACUUCGGGAAUAGGGCAGGCUACAGUAGAAGAGUUAGCGAAAAGGAACGCGCGAGUCAUAAUGGCUUGCAGAAAUCGUGAAAAAUGCAUACAAGUGCGCCGAGACAUUGUCUUGAGCACUCGAAAUAAGCAAGUAUACUGUAGACAAUGUGAUCUCGAAGAUUUCGACAGUGUACGAACGUUUGUACAAAAAGCUAGUAAAGGUAAAUACGAGUUAGAUCGAAUAGAUGGAGUUGUACAUAAUGCUGCUAUGAUGGAUGCCAAACGAAAAGUAAACAAGGAUGGCAUUGAACGCACACUAGCUACAAAUCACCUUGGUGCCUUCUUACUUACUGGAUUACUACUCGAAAAACUUCUUGCUCAAGAUCAUCGUGUUAGAAUAGUGUUUCUGAACACGAAUAUAAUCAAUAGAAAAUGCGAUAUUGAUUUUGAUGAUCUCAAUGCAGAAUAUCGGAAGAAAUACGAUGGGUUUGAGGUUUACAAACAGAGUAAACUUGCCGCAGCCAUGUUUGCUAAGGAAUUGUCAGAGAGACUGAAAGAUACCAAUGUCACAGUCACGGUAGCCGACCCUGGAAGGACAAAGUCAAAUCUAUCGAGACAAAUGGAUGGUCAAACCUUCUUUUUGAGCCGAUGGCUGCUCCGAAUAGUCAGUUUUGGAAUGGGUGAACGACGAGUGGAGAAAGCGGUACGCCCAGUGCUCUACGCUUUAGCUGAUCCUGCUAUGGAAGACGCAACUGGACUUUUUAUUGACCGUGAGCGACACGAACAACCAUUCAAUGAGAUUGUGGAAGACGCUGAGAAACGUCGGCGACUAUGGAAAACUAGUGAAGUGUGGACAAAACUAAGUGAGCGGAUGGCGCAGAUGAAGCAAGAGCUAGGAGAAGUAGCCGCUUCAUUAGACAAACCACUUGAAUUGAAACAAGAAGUUGAUAGUGGAGGAAGGAGUUGGAAAAGGUUAUGGUUAUGGUAAAUGUGAUCCGUAGCCAACGUUCUAGUUCAGUAGUUUUAAAUGAUGUUUUAUAUAUUGCAAGUUGUUUGAAAACAUUGUAGCUUGUUAUGAAUCUCAACAACAGUUCAAAAGAACUUUUUCAUGUGCAUUAAACGGUUACA